AUGGGAAUUGGAGGAACUCUAGAGUAUCUCUCAGACAUGUUAGGCUGUGCUCACCACAAUCACAAGAAAAAGAAGAAACAACUCAACACUGUUGAGCUCAAAGUCAGGAUGGAUUGUGAAGGUUGUGAACUCAAAGUCAAGAAGGCUCUAAGCUCCAUGAAAGGAGUACAAAAGGUGGACAUAAACAGGAAACAACAGAAGGUGACUGUGGUUGGAUUUGUGGAACCAAACAAGGUGUUGAAGAAGGCUCAAUCAACAGGAAAGAAAGCAGAGAUUUGGCCUUAUGUUCCUUAUGGUCUUGUCACACAACCUUAUGCUGCUCAAGCUUAUGAUAAGAAGGCUCCUCCUGGUUUUGUGAGAAAUGUUGAGGUUGUGAAUGCUUCUAACCAACCUGUUAGACAGGAAGAUCAGAUGACCAACAUGUUCAGUGAUGAGAAUCCAAACUCUUGUUCUAUUAUGUGAUCUUUUUUUCUGGUUUCUUAUGUUUUGGUAUGAUCUUUGUUUGAAGAGAUGAAGAUAUGAAUGUUUGUUUGUGUGGUGGUUGUAUGAAAGCUGCUUGCUAUCUACUUUGGCCUUCUUUGCUUUU